CACCACUAAACCAUAUCUCUCACUUCCUCACUGUUCUUACAUGCAGCUUAUGACCUUUUUUUCUUUUUUGCAGAAGUUCUGCCAGUCUGAAAGUCUGCUUGGGACAUGCAGACAUCACACGGGCAUUGCAGUCAUGGCUUUAUCUUCAGACUGUGGGAUCGACCUUGACGCCGUCAACCUUGCAUUCAAAUGCCUCUAUUUCAUCUUGUUUGUGCCGGCCCUUGUGCUGAACGUCAUGGCAGCCUGGAUAUCUUGGAAUCUGAACACCAAGUCGUCGUUUGUCGUGUACCUGAAGAACCUUGUGGCGGCCGACCUUCUGAUGACCUUCAUCAUCCCGCUGAGGGCCGCCGACCGGCUGCGUGGGUCGGAUCCGGCGCUGCGAGCCUUCAACUGCCAGUUCGGCAGCGUGCUCUUCUACCUCUGCAUGUACGUCAGCAUCGUGCUGAUGGGCGUCAUCAGCCUCGACCGCUUCUUCAAGAUCGUGCAGCCCAGCGGGAAACUGCUCGGCCAAAGCGCCUUCUUUGGCAAAGUUGUCUCCGCAGUCGUGUGGGUCGCCCUGCUCAGCACCACCACCAUUCCAACCAUGGCGCUCACCAAUGAGGACCCUAACAGGAACAGCUCUAACAGAAACAAAACCGCGGAGAUGUGCAUGGCCAUGAAGAGUCAAGUGGGGAAGGACUACCACUCUGCAGUUAUAUCAUUCUGCAACGGCAUCUUCUUCGUCGUGUUAGUCAUCACUGGACUCUGCUACACGGGCAUCGCAAAGAGGGUCAUCGAGUCGCACCGAAACUCCGGGAGCGCAAACAAGGAGGGGAAGCGAAAGAUCAAAGCUCGAGUGUUUGUCGUCCUGGCGGUGUUCCUGGUCUGCUUCGCGCCCUACCACAUCACACGCAUCCCUUACGUCCAGAGUCAGGUGGUCAACAGGAUUAACUGCAACUGGGCCGUGCUGAAGGCCGCUAAAAUUAUGACCCUUUGGCUCGCCACAACCAACGUCUGUCUGGACCCUCUCAUCUACUUUUUGCUCUGCAAAGCCUUCCGGAAGAAAUUGUUGGAAGUCAAGAUUCUUGGGCAGUGGUUUUCCACUACGGCCCAUAUCAACAGUGAGGAGACUUCUCUUUGAGCAAGUGGAAGUCACAGCACUCUGUGGCGACAGCUUUUUCACACCAGACUGUGGCAGCAGUGACAGUGGCUCACUGCACGGGACUGAAAGUUUCCUUAUUUCCUAAUCGCCCAUGAGCGAGUCAUCGUUUAUUUCCCAUGCAGCUGAUCUGUUUUUGCUUUUGUAGAUAACGGUACAUUCAAGUUGAACACAUGGUUGUAUGUAUCAUCUGCGUAUAAAUGAUUUAAAGUGCAUAUUUUCAAAUGAAAUAGAGCCGAAGUGCUUCCUCAAGUUAUUGUGUUCUAUCCACACCAGUUCUAAUGAAGCAUUUGUAUUGUGACACCGCUGGUUUGGUGACCUUUGCACUGUUGAAUGACUCUUCCCAUAAUCCUGUGCCCUGAAUGUGAAUAGAAUGAUCUGUCCUUGUCUUGUAAUGAAAGGAUAACUCUCACCAAAAUGCAUCCUAGGGCUUUUUUGUACCCGAAACAAAAAAACGUUCACUUAAAAGCAUCAUUACGUUUUAAGUUUAAAAGUGGCACUUCCAAUAUAAUCAUGCUUUUAAACUGAAGUUUGUCUUCACCAAAACACCGUAGGAUGCAUUUUGGCCAGAGUUAUCCUUUAAGUGGAUAUAAUUCUCCAUAGUGCCCAAUGAUUAAUUAGUCUUAGCUCUAGAUCAUGUCAGUGUAACUAUAUUAUCCUGCAAGAUGUGACAAUAUUUAAAGACGUUUUGUGAUUCAUAUCUUUCAACUGAUACUGGUAUUGAGCAACUCUAUGCCUAUAAUAGCAGCACACUGACCUCUCACUUCUCUAUAGCCAGGGGACACUCGUGUGAUCUGGGCACUUCAGUCUCCAGUCUGAAACUCAAGAAUCAUAGUGUUCUGUGGCGUGUUUCUUUCCCUGUUGAAUGUGUGAGAGUCAUAAUGUAAAUUAAUGUAAAAUGAUUUAGCUUAUGUCUAUGCUAUUAUUUAAGUUUUAGAAACGAAGACUGUUGUGUGUGUGUGUGUGUGUGUGUGAAAUAUUUUCCAUAUUUGUUAUUGGAUGAAAGGCAACCGUCUGACGUUACUGGCUCAGAGCAGUAAAAAUGUCCAGUGACGUUGUGACAAGUCUUUGGAGCGCAACAGUCCUUGACCGUGACUACACGGAAUUGUGAUUGCAUCUGUAAAUUGCUACAGACUCUAAUAUAGCCUCCUUAUUUUACAUUACUAAAGAAUGUCUUAAAAAGAAGUCUCGCGUCAUUGACUCACAACUCAAGAAACUAAGGAAUUCCGAAACUGCCCCUACAGAAUGCAAACCAUGCUGUAAAUAUCUAUGCACACACCAUAUGAAUACAUACUGUAAAAAUGUACAUAACAUGUUUAUUCAUUUACUUUCAUUUCUAUAACAAAUGUUACUCCUUUUUUCAGAUUUUCUAGUUGCAUGUAAUAAAACAGCAAAAAAGGUUUGUUCUUGGUGUCCC